CAACAAAAAGCUUGCAGCCAAGACUCCACGGAAAUUCUUGUCAUGGAGCUCUUGUUAUAUACUCAAAAGUACGUCAUGGUCCAUCAUCCCCUUCUUCUUCUCCCCCAUCAUGACCUCCUACCUUCAAACAGCAGGUACAAAGCUCUUUAAAAAAAACCUCGAGCAAUACCAACCCGAAGACCCGCUUUACGAGGUUUAUACUGAUAAUCGCGGCAAACAGCGCCGCAGAAAGCGCGCGAUACCUCCCGGCCUUUCAGCGCGUGAUGCAAAGAUUCUCAAGUCGGUCCAGCGCCGCGCUCAUUACCUAGACAAAGGCUUCUCGAUUUGUGGCCUUCGAUUUGGCUGGACCUUCAUCAUUGGCAUCAUCCCUGGCGCUGGCGAUGUUGCGGAUGUCACGCUCAAUUAUUUCCUGGUCGUCCGCAAAGCACGACAGGCUGAGCUACCAGGUUGGCUCGUGCGCCGCAUGCUCCUCAACAAUGUGGUAUCAGCUUUGAGCGGCCUGGUGCCCGUAGCGGGCGACGUUGUCAUGGCCGUGUUCAAGGCGAAUUCAAGGAAUGCCGCUCUUCUAGAGGAAUUCCUCAGGAUAAGAGGGGAAGAAUUUUUGAAGUUGCAGGCGGACCAGGAGCAGGGAAGGAGUCAGAGUGUGCCCGAGAAUGAUUCGCGUCAGGUCAAGCCUGGCGCAGGCAUGUCAGACGAUGCGGCAGCGACUGCGCCGCAGCAGAAGACUAGGUUCGUGUCUUGGAGCCGCAAAGACAAGCAGCGCGCCUCUUCCCCCGGUGAAAAGGGAAGGUUCGUUGAGGAUGUGGAGCUAGGUGCCGUAGCGCACGGCGGAGGGGCGGGGACCAGUGCUGUUACGGUGCAGAGCAGGUGAUGUUAUCGUGUCACUCGGUUGGAGGUUUACGAUCUACGUUCUGAUGUGAUAUACACGAACUUUUGGGACUCAUUUUCUACCCGGAUUGCUCUCUAUAAUAACAUUAUAUACCUGUACAAGUUUGCCUGUACUGUAGCUAUGCGUAGUUAGAUUUGUCUGUUGGUUAAGGGGAUCAAUCAUCGUGAGGACCUAAUGUAAAUCUGGACCAGUCUUGGAUGUUAGAAUGAGUUACUGCGCAAGCUAUACUUCUCGCGGACU